CUGCGCAGAGAAACUUCAGUCUGCUUUGCACCACUGACACACUUCACAGUAAACCCGCUUACCGACCUGCUGCUGCCAACUCGAGCGUCAACAGAGAUGGAGCGGCGCGUCUACACCGGGUAGUAUUUGAGACCAAAUCGAGAGAGAGGCAUGUUACCCCGCGACGUGGGGAACCAGAAGCCCUGCCGCGUUUCAGAGCCGUUUGACGGUGGAGACCGACCCACGGUUCCGCCGCGGCGCUUCAAGAACCGGGACUUCCCUCAGAGCGCAAAGCGCCGCUGGUCCGGUUCCACUCCAGAGCGCAAAGUGAACUGCGUCCUGGUCGGAGACGGAGCCGUGGGCAAGACCAGCCUCAUCGUGAGCUACACCACCAACGGGUAUCCCACGGAGUAUGUUCCCACGGCGUUUGACAACUUCACCGUGAUGGUUGUGGUUGAUGGGAAACCAGUCAGACUGCAGCUGUGUGACACCGCUGGACAGAAAUGGGGCCCAGUUGAUGGAUCAGUUAAUGAUGAAUUGGAGUGCCUCCGGCCGCUCUGCUACAGAAACGCCGACGUCUUCCUCCUCUGCUACAGCGUGGUGCGUCCCUGCUCCUUCCGAAACCUCUCCAACAAAUGGGCCCCUGAGAUCCAGCAGCUCUGCCCCGGCGUUCCCCUGGUUCUGGUCGGCACCCAGCUGGACCUGAGAGAAGACGUGCAAGUUCUGAUCCAGCUGGCGCAGAACCAGCAGCGGCCAGUGAGCACCGAGGAAGGCUGCAGGCUGGCACUGGAGCUCGGGGCGGUGGGCUUCACAGAGUGCUCAGCGCUGACCCAGAAGAACCUGAAGGACACGUUUGACUGCGCUAUCCUAGCUAGCUUCCAGCAGAUAGACAGUAAUGUGGUCCAGCAGCAGAGGAUGACUCUGAGGAAGAAAACCCCCGAUAAGAUUAAGAGCUUGUCAGAGGUGUGGUGGAAGAAACUCAACUGUCUGAUCGGAGAGGGGAGCUGUGAAUUAAAAUAAAGAGCUGCAGUUAGA